GUGACAACAACAUGGCGCUGUCCAUUCGUAAUUUGGGAUUUACAAGAAAUUCUAAUUGUUUUUUACUUAAAAAUAAACAUUCUGUUAAUGUUCCGUCUCAGAAUUCGUUGCGCCAUUUAAGAGGUUCAAGACAUGGACGAAUAUUAUAUAGGACAGAAGCCAAAUUUCAAGAACUUUUAAAGUCCUUAAAUAAACAUACAGAAAGUUCUGUAGUGAAUAUUACCGAAAUUCCUGAAUCAGUUGUAAAAUCAGCAAAACCUAAGGAACCUCAAAAUGAAAAAUCUCCUGAUCCUCGGAUUGAAGCAGAGUUAGCUGAUCCUCAAAAUUUUACUCUAGUUAUACCACAAGAUGUUACUCAAGAAGAUAUUGUCAAAAGAUUGGAUGAAAAAAUUACACCUCUGAAGAAUUUUACUUAUGCUAAACAGCUUGAGAAAAAAUAUAACAAAAGCUUGAGUGUGCUUCGAAUGUUUGGAGAAAAACUUCGUCAAGCAAAAGUACCAAUCACAAUUGGAUCAGAUAGGCUACCGUGUCCUGUAGAAUUGAUGCUUCCAUCACCAAUCAUAGAAUCAUAUAGAAAUCAGGAUGAAUUUAGCAUUGGAACUGGAAUUGAUGGAAAUCCAAAGACUGUUGGUUUUUAUUUAGAAGAUCCAAAUGAUAAGUCAAAAAUUAUUUGUGUGGAACCUUCAGAAUUGGUCAUUAUUAAAGAAAAUCAUAAAAAAUUUGCAAAGGAUUUUGAGAGGUAUAUUAGGAAUUCACCCUGGGUUGCAUCCACCAUCCAUGAUGAUGUGGGUUUCUGGAAAAGUGUUAAAAUGAAGUCUAACAUGGAUGGUGAUUUGAUGGGAAUUGUUUCUAUACAUCCUCGACAAUUAUCACAGGAGGAACUUGAAGAAGAGAAGAGAAAAUUAUGUGAAUACUUUACUGCAAGUGGUGAAAGUUACAAUCUAAAAUCUUUAUAUUUCCAAACAUGUUCAGAUAAAAAGCCUCAAAAAUACAACUUUAAACCUCCUGAAGAAGAUCCAUGCGAGCUGUUAUUUGGAGAUAAACAUCUUGUAGAGCAAAUGGAUCAUCUUCGAUUAUCUAUUUCACCAGAAUCUUUCUUCUUGCCUAAUACCACUGUGGCGGCAUCAUUGUAUGGUGCCUUACAAAAAAUCUGUAGGAUGCAUAGUUCAAUGUCCGUUCUAGAUAUUUUCUGUGGUGUAGGGGCUGCAAGUUUAGUUUUUUCUAAUCGUGUGAAGAAGUGUAUUGGUGUGGAUACUUGCUUUAGAAAUGUUGCUGAUGCUGUAUUUAAUGCAUCAAAGAGUGGUAUAGAAAAUGUUGAAUUUUUAUGCAAGAUGCCUGAAUCGGUUUUACAUGACAUUAAUGACUUCCAAUAUCAUGAGGAUCUGAUAGCUGUAAUUAGUCCUGCAAGAGCAGAGCUUUCUCUUCCUGUUCUCAAAUUCCUUCGAAGAUGUAAGCAUUUGAGUAAAAUCAUCUACAUUACUACAAAACCACGAUUAGCUGUUGAUAAUUUUGUUAGGUUGUGCAAGCCUGCUGCAAGUGAAGGAUAUUUAGGAAAACCAUUUGUUCCUCUUAUUGCGCUGCCUGUGGAUCUCCUCCCACAAACAGAGCACUAUGCUCUAGCCGUAGUCUUUCAACGAUUUUGAGUGUUUGUGGUGGGAGAUUUCUUGUAUUAUAAGGUGUAUGAAGUUGAUAAAUAAAUUAAUUUAAAACAUA